GAAGUAGACAAACUUUUUGUAAAAUGCAUGCCUCUUGCAUCCUUUUAUGGAUUUUUCGGCAAAAAGCUUACAUAAAAUAUAAAAAAGAAAUGCAAAUUAAUACCUACCAUCUUCUCUCUAUUUAAACACUAAACCAUCCUCAACAACCCCAUAACCCUCCAUUUCUUACCAAAAGUUGUACUGUUCACCAUGCCCUGUCAAACCAUUGGUGCCGGUGCCACCACCUUAGCCAAUGGUGUUACCACCGUGGACUGCCAGAAACAAGUGCGUUCAUGGAGGCUUCUUCGCUCACUCAUUAAGCUUCUUAUUCCAAGCUGCAACCGUACCUUUAUAGAAGAACCAGAAACCAAAGCAAAGAAACCCCUUCAAAACUACUAUUACCAUCAUCAUCAGCCAAAUAAACCUACCUCAUUCACUUCUUCUACAAUAACCACAGGCACUAUCUUUGGCUUUCGCCGUGGAAAAGUUAGCCUAUGUAUCCAGACAGACUCAAAAUCCACCAACCCGAUUCUCCUUUUGGAGUUUGCAUUGCCUACAGCAGUCUUAGCUAGAGAAAUGCAAGGUGGUAUUCUACGUAUAGCAUUAGAGUGCAGUGCUGGUUCUGGCUCAGAUAAUUCUAGUACUUCUCUUUUCUCCAUGCCAGUAUGGACUAUGUAUUGUAAUGGAAGGAAAGCGGGAUAUGCAGUGAAGAGAAGACCAUCGAAGGUUGAUAUGGAGGCACUGAAGCUAAUGAAUUCAGUUGUUGUUGGUGCUGGAGUAAUAAGUGGAAAGGAGUUUGGCAAAGAUGACGAACUUAUGUAUUUAAGAGCAAAUUUUGCUAGGGUUUCUGGGUCAUAUGAUUCUGAGUCUUUUCACUUGAUAGACCCAGAUGGAAGCAUAGGUCAAGAACUCAGUAUCUUCCUUUUUCGCUCAAGAUAGAACGAGUUCACUCAAUCUUCUUCUUCCAUGGAGGAGAGAAUUUCUUAUUUUUUCUUUUUUGGAUUACUGUACUCCGACUGAUGCUAGAUCUUGUAGCUUUGGAUGAUUAUGGAAUCAUUGAACUAAAGCUCAUUGGGAUGAGAAGAUUCUUUUUUAGUUGUUGAGUGUUGAAAACCCCAACAACUUUUGGUCUCAUUAGGCAACCUGCAGUUGGAAAAAUGUUUAGCUUAGAAUUUUUUUUUUUCCCUUCAUUGCAUAUUUUAAUUGGCAAAUUAGCCAUGUCUUCCCUUUUUACCUUUUUUUUGGCUGGCUAGUUGCCCUUAUAAAGAGACAUGUAAUGGAAGUGUUCUGUAUUAGUCUAAAUGAAAAUCUUGAAUUGAAAAUUAUAUAAAUAAGUUUUGGAAAAAGAAAUUCAUUAGUGGAGUGUUAAUCUGUUGCUCUACAAAUUUUCCUG